GGUUAAUAAACCCGACACCUGGGCGACACAUAGCACACAUUUCCCACUGGCUGCUUAUAUCAGCCUGGAGGGGCAGAGCUCAGGUCUCCACAGCUCAGAAUCGCCACCCGGCUCGUAUCUGCAUCAGCACAGGCCGGGAAUAAAGAGACAGCUGGAGACAGGGGGAGCAGAUAACAACAAGGAGGCUGCGGUGUUGUUGGACAGUAUAUUAGCAGCUAGUCAGUGGUAGCCUGACAGAAAGGUUCCAGGAGAGAAAAAAAACAACAACACAGUGAGUCAAGCUGGCGGCGGACAAAAAGCAGGCCUCCUUGGAGGAGGGAGAGGCCGAGCCAACGGGCCGCGAGCCGCAAAGUGUGAUGGUGCGCGUGGAGGUGGAGCAGGACAUCCCCAUGUCGGUGGCGUUGCCCAUCGAGCUGCAGGCGGAUGGUUCUCAGCAAGCCUUUCCCUUCCUGGGCACCACGCUGGCUGAUCUGGGCAUCCAAGAGUCAGACGUGAAGGAGAGGGUGGUCUGGGUCGACACCAAGAAGACGCAGGUGAAGAACAAAACAGGGAAGCUGAAGGAGAAGGAAACCACCAUCCUGGAGGUGCGAGUGAAAGCCAAAAAGCCAGGAGAUAAACAACUCCAGGAGGUUCUGUACAGCACAGAAGCCCACACUGACCGCUCCUUCUGCCGGACAGGAAUGGACAUUCAGCCCUGGAAGCAGGGAGAUGCAGGGAAGAACAAACUGAAGCCUGUGGAGAUGACUAUGACGUUAGGCCUGGAAAACCGCCAGCCUGGGAAUACCGAGGCUCAGGAUCAACGAGACAUCUGAUGCGUGACAGGACAACUACCACGCAAAAGAAAGGAAAAAAAAAAAAAAAAUGAAUCAACAAGGAGUAGAUUUAUUGACAAAAUCAGAGUUGACAUGUUGCAAAUCUUUGGGUUUUUGUGUUGUUUUUUUGUUUUUUUUUCCCCCAAAUGCAUUUUCAAUUUUAAACAUCAUGUAACUACAAAGUUAACCAGAUAUGAAAGUUGCAAUAUGGUAGCUUUUGUGCAACUGUUUAAUUUUGUUUUAAAAUUUCUGCAACACGUACGACCAUAAGAUGGGAGUUGUGCAGCAUAUACUGACAGGAUAACUUACUGAGCAAUAAUAACCGUUUAAACCAGAAAACAGGAAGAUUUUUUUGAGUGAAUUCUAGUUUGUGAGCUGGUCUUAGACCACUAAUGGUGUAAAACUGCAAAGAGAUCUCCGUAUGAGGCAGUGAAAAUUGACUUUUUAAGUUAAACAGUCUCUACUUUGCAUACGAUAAUAACGAAAACAGGCACUUAAAUGAGUUCAGAAAGGAAAUUGGUGAAAUUCAUCAGUACUCUAAACUCCUUACCUCACACAAGUCUGGGGAAACUGUAAACUUUGUCGUUGUUUGAGUGAAAAUU